AUGAAGCAUUAAAUGUCUAUGCAUUUAAUUCUUAUAACAUUAUUAAAUGUAGUUUCAAAUUUAAACUGCAAUUCCCAUAUACAUGAAUUAUGGCUAAAAUCAAAUUUUAGAGGGCAUUAUAAAGAUGUAGCAUCUUAAUUUAAUAGGGCAAUUCUUUCAAAUGUCAGAUAGAUUUCAAUCUAUGGAAGCACUGUAAAUAUUGGUCCAUUAAAAGAUUCUAUUUAUAUAAAUGGUUAAUAUCCACAUUAUUAUACGUAUAGUUCGAUGGAUGUUUAAUUUGCACAAAUUUAAGAGAUUAAUCGAAUAAAAAUUUGAUUUUAUGAUUUAGACAGUAGAAUACAUAACUUUAAAAUAAUUGCAAUUGAUUAAGAUAAUAUUGAAAAGGAAUUGUAUUCAGGGUAUUAUUAAAAAGGUGUGGUCACAAUUAACUUUGAAAAUCAUUUAACUAAAAAGAUUAAAAUAAUUAAUUUGCCAGGCAGUACACAUCAUGAUUUAGCUAUAAUAAAAAUCUAAGCUUUCUUUGUAUUCAAAAGCUUACCUUGAGAAUUUGGAAGGAUUGAUUUUUAUAUAUUAAAUAUUUGAAUAAUUAACAAUUUUUAUUCUAUUGACACCAAUUUAUUUCUUUAUUUUUAUUAUUAAGCCUUAAUAAUAUCGGUAAUUAUUGUUCUUAAUUAUUUUAUUAAGAAAAAUUUGA